CAUCAUCAUCCAACGAGCCACACCUGCCGGCUCUCAUCUCGAUCUCGGCACACCCAUCACCAUGUCUCGCUUCACCUUCUACAAAGGCCUCGCGGACUCCCUCGUUGGCGUCAUCCUCCUCGCAAAACCCGAGCUCAUCUACGACAGCGCGGUCGCCAGAUGGCUGCACGGCAUCUCCGGUCUCCGACUCCCGAAUCCGUAUCCCGACUCGCUGGAUACCGUUUCCGCACAGCAUGCUGUUGCGAUUAUGGUUAUCGCUGUAGGUGUAGGGCAUAUGCGUGCUGCGAGUGAGCGGAAAGCACUGCCGCCUAUUGUGUUGAUGAAUGUGCUGUGGUCGGCAUUCGCGUUGGGGACGGUGGUUCUGAAGCCUCAUCGAGCAACAAGCGCGUUGCUUAUGACGGGCAUUAAUCAUGCUGUAUUUGCUAGUACGAUGCUUUUGACGAGUGGGAUGAGCUUCGUGGAGAUGCUGGGUCUGCAAAGCGGGGAAAGGGCGAAGAUGGAGUGAUGUGCUCGAGAGUUCGAAGCUUGCGGUUGGAUGGGACGUUGAAUAUCGGAGUAGGAGCCCAAAAAAGUCAUCGAUAUCAUGACUGAGAAGAGAAAAUGCCAGAGGCUUGUCCUUAUGGUUUCCUUCCUUGAGCGAGAGCGGAAGUUCCAGGAGCAUAGCUUCACCCCACGCACACUAUCAAAUGGAGCGCACCCGUUCUCGGAC